AUGAGUGAUUUCUGGUUAAUUUCGGUCCCUCUGGACAAGACCAGUUUGACAAAUAUAGAAAAACUCAAGAGAAGCAUCAUCAAAACAAACCAGGCGUCCUGCUGCAAGUUCCUAAUCCCAGAUCUGAAGGUGGGAAUCCUGGACAGUCUUGUGAGUGUUUCAGACGAUCUCUCAGGACUGGACACUCUGACAGAAAGUGUGCUUAAAAAGAUAGGGCAGUGUAUGAAGGAGGUGAUGGAAUUUUCCUGUGACAAAAAGUUGGAGAAAUCUUUGGCCAAUGGCGAGCACAUGAAUGAGAAAUCGCAUGUAUCGCCCGUGGAGUCCUACUUCCAGUCACUUCAAGUGGACCUUGUGGCUUAUGUGACGAGAUUCCAAUGGGACAAAGCAAAGUUCUCCACAUCUCUUCCUCUGUCUGCACUGACCGACAUCAUCCACAAGGAGGUGGCCUUGGUGGAAACAGAACUCAAAUCCAGGUCUUCAUCCUACAACAGUUUAAAAAGCAACCUCCAGAAUCUAGAAUCGAAACAUCAGGGGUCAUUACAAAGUCGCUGCUUGAACAACUUUGUAAGAAAAGAAGACCUGGUUGUUUCUGAAUACCUCACCACACUCUUAGUCAUCGUGAACAGGAGGCUGUACGAGGAUGCGGAGGCUGGGAUCUUCUCUGUCACACUUUUCAAACGAGCUGUGAGCCAGUUCAAAGCCAAGGCACAGGAGAGCAAGUUUACUGUGCGUGAGUACCAUGUGGAGCUGGAGGAGCAGCAGCUGAGAGACCUGCAGACUCUGAGGGCCCAAAGGAAAGAGCAGCGUGGGAUCUUUGUGUGCUGGCUCAAAGUGAACUUCCGACAGCUGUUUGUUUCCUGGAUCCACCUGAAAGCUCUGAGGGUGUUUGUGGAAUCCGUCCUCAGAUACGGGUUGCCGGUGAACUUCCAGGCUCUUCUCCUGCAGAUGGAUAAGAAACGAUCCAAACAAAUGAGAGAAGAACUGGCCUCUCUCUUCGUGCAUCUGGAUCCUUCUGCCAUGACCACAAAGACCGAGGUUCACACACUUCCUUCUGCCGUGACCGCAAAGACCGAGGCUCACACACAUACUUCUGUCGUGACCACAAAGACCGAGGUUCACACACAUCCUUCUGUCAUGACCACAAAGACCGAGGUUCACACACUUCCUUCUGCCGUGACCACAAAGACCGAGGUUCACACACUUCCUUCUGCCAUGACCACCACAAAGACCGAGGUUCACACACAUCCUUCUGCCGUGACCGCAAAGACCGAGGUUCACACACUUCCUUCUGCCGUGACCGCAAAGACCGAGGCUCACACACAUACUUCUGCCGUGACCACAAAGACCGAGGUUCACACACUUCCUUCUGCCGUGACCGCAAAGACCGAGGCUCACACACAUACUUCUGUCGUGACCACAAAGACCGAGGUUCACACACAUCCUUCUGCCAUGACCACAAAGACCGAGGUUCACACACAUCCUUCUGCCGUGACCACAAAGACCGAGGUGAGCUGUGACCUCCCAGGACUCUGUCUGCAAGAGUAUUUCUCCUACAUCUCCGUCCACAUCAACACCACGGUCCUGGAGCUCAGAUAG